AAGAAUAAGGCUGUAAUCUUGAGCGUCCUAGUAAUAAUAUUUCAGAGAUGUCGAUGAAUUUACUGCAGUCCUUCCACCUUUCAAGUAAUUCGAGGCAUACAUAAAAUUUUUAUUGAAAGUAAACAGAUUUUAUUAUUUGCAAAGUUUUUCACCUGAAGAAAUUUUUCUGCUCUUUCAACCGAAAGACGCUAGACUACCAACUUGAAGGCGUUGGACGAGUAAUAGAAUCUUAGAGAGAUCACAAUAAGAGGAUUAGACAGCGCAGAGUGCAAGAUAUGAAAACCAGACGAAGGUGAAUAAAAUCUAGUGCAAUAUCAUAUAUGAUUUACUUUCAAUGUUUCCCUACAUGGAUGAAUUACACUACAAAUGAGUCUCCAUGUUCCCAGCGAAGGAAGGCAUGAACAUUCUCCUGCAAUGAAAGAAUACAGAAGACCAUCUUUGUCCGUUAUCGACGAGACUAAUAACAAUGAAGAGGAGAAUUAUAUCGUGUUGCCAUCGAUAACUGUUACAAACUGCGAGGACUCACUUCAAGCAAGUGAUGAUAAUGAUGAUGUGUCCUCCGUGACGUCAUCAAGGAGCGGAAGUGAAACAGAUUUAGCACAUUUGAAAGUGACUGCCAAUAGACUUCGAUUAGCAACAAGAAGGUCAAGUAUUGUAGAAUGGAAAGAACGGUAUCUGGAAAGACCUCGAAGAAGGUCAAAACCAGACCUAAAAGUAGAUCUUGAUCAAAAUGGAAAUGACGUUUUGACAGAAGAUAGGAAACAUAGGAUUAAUGAAGCUUUGAUAUGGAUAAAAGAAGAACUGCAAGCCAUGAGAUCGCAGGACCAGGCCCUGGCCAGGAAACUCUUAUCAUUACGUCAGGACAUCCACCAGUUGAAGCUUAACCGAAGUUGUCAGGAACACAGGGAAAUGCUUGAUGACGUCACUAAAGAUAUGGAGGAAAUGCAGCAACUGAAAGACAUAAGCGACCUCCACGUGGAUACUGUGGAGAAUCCAUUAAAACAUUUAGGAGUUACCUCGUACAAUUUAACUGCCAGACGUUUUUCUACAUGUUGAUCCUUUUGUUGCUUUUGUGAAGAUUUUUUCUUAUAAUAAAUAUAAUGUUUAAUGUUUUAGUAAGUGGGACAAUUGCAAUAAUACUGAAUAUGUUUCUUUUCAUUUUUUUUUUCAAUUAUUUGAAAUUAAUUGUACGUAAGUAAAUGAAAAUGUUAUGUCGAUUGUUGAAAUGAUAUUGAUUUCGAUUAUAUUAGAAUUGCAUGAAUGUUUGCAAUAUUUUGUGAUUGUAUAGCCAAAUAAUACAUAAAUCUUAUAUGUACUUGCAAAACUUUGUUAUAAUUCGUAACUAU